CUGGGCUCACAAGGCCACGCUGUUGGCUGGGGUUGAGCAGAGUCAGGCAUCUGCCGACUCCCCACUUCUGCUUUCUCCAGGAAACAAGCAGCGGGCCCCGGAGCAAGUGAUUCAUAGUGAAACGGCGUUGCUGAAGGCGAACUAUGCCACUGCCAGCCCGCUCCGCCUCCCUGGAGCCCCGGGGGCCACCAAGUGCAGCCUGGGAUGAGGGUGUCCAUGCCAUCUGACCUCGGCGGGAUCUGACUGCCACCUGGCCAGUUCAGACCUGCUUGGCCGAGGCAUGGAGGGAAAAGAUCUUCUGGAGGCUGAGGGCAGAGCGGAGAGCCCAAGUGCCAGAAAUGAAGACCAGCCGCCUGUGGCACAGCCUGAGGCCUCACAUGGAGGGCAGGUCCUUGGCCCGGCUGCCCUCUGGGACCUGCUGGAAAAAAAGUUUCUGGAAUACCAGCAGUUGACUUACAGGAGCCCUGAGGAACGCCGGGAGAGCCUGCUGAGUCUUCUUCCGCUGUUCCUAAAGGCCUGGGAACACUCAGUGGGCAUCAUCUGCUUCCCCAGUCUCCAAAGGCUGGCAGAAGAUGUCUCCGACCAGCUUGCCCAAGAGAUACAGAACGCCCUGGCUGGGAAGCCUGCAGAACAGGCACGGGUUGCUGCUGGGCAGUUGCUGCAAUGGAAGGAUGAUGUAGGGCAGGAUGGGUACCUGCUGCUGAAGUCGGCGUAUGUGCUCACGGGGACAGAUGCGGAGUCGCUGGGCAGAGUGGCUGAGUCUGGGCUUCCAGCCCUGCUGCUGCGCUGUCUUUACCUCUUCUUCGUCUUUCCUCUGGCAAAGGACGAAUCUUCUGAUGGUGACGUGCAAGUCCAGAGGAUGUUUGUGCAGAUGCUGCUGAACAUCUGUGGCGACCCCCGGGGCUUGGAGGGGCUGGUCUCAGGCAGCGAGCUGCAGUCUCUGCUGAUCGCCACCACCUGCCUUCGGGAGCACAGCUGCUGCUUCUGGAAAGAGCCCACCUUCUGCGUGCUGAGGGCCAUCUCCCAAGCCCAGAGCCUCAGCGUCAUCCAGCACCUCAAGGCCACCGACUGCGUCCGGCUUUCGCUGCAGAACCUCUCGCGCCUGGUGGACACCCUCCCAGCGCCAGAGGCCAGCGAGGCUGUGAGCCUGAUCCUGAGCUUCGUGAAGGACGCCUACCCUGUCUCCUCGGCUCUGCUGCUGGAGUUCGAGAACGCCGAGGGCUACCCUCUGCUGCUUAAAGUGUUACUGCGGUAUGACAGGCAGGCACCAGGCGAUGCGGACCCCCACCUGGAGGAGCUCGUGGGUCUGGUGGUGUGGCUGACGACCUGCGGGAGGUCGGAGCUGAAGGUGUUUGACAGCGUCACUUAUCCGCAACUCGAAGGCUUCAAGUUCAAUCAUGAGGCGUCAGGAGUGACCGUUAAGAAUCUCCAGGCCUUCCAAGUCCUGCAGAGUGUUUUCCACAAAGCCAGUGACUCUGUCCUCUGCAUGCAAGUCCUAUUGGCCAUCAGGACCAUGUGGGCCUGGAACCCCCGCAACUUCUUUCUGCUGGAAUGGACGCUGCAGCCCAUCUCUCAGUUUGUGGAGAUUGUGCCCCAGAAACCAGCUCCGGUGCAAGUGCAGUUCUUCCAGCUGCUGGAGGCCUUGGUGUUUGAGCUACACUACGUGCCACAUGAGAUCCUGCGGAAGGUGCAGCGUCUGAUAAAGGAGAGUCCCGUGCCGUCCUGCACCCUCGUGGCCCUACAGAGUGUUCUCCGGAUUGCGGGCAGGGAUCUGCUCUUCACUGACAUCUUCCGGGACUCGGGGCUCCUGGGCCUGUUGCUGGCGCAGCUGCGGAAGCAAGCCAAGAUCAUGAGGAAGUCAGGAAACAAAGAGUCCAGUCCUGGCAUUCAGGAUCCGGAACGAGAACUCACUUGCGUGAUGCUGAACGUUGUGGUCACGCUUCUGAAAGGCUCUGUUCGGAACGCAGUUGUCCUGAAGGACCAUGGCAUGGUGCCCUUCAUCAAGAUCUUCCUGGACGACGAGAGCUACCGGGCGGCUUCGCUCAGCAUCUUGGAGCAGCUGUCAGUCAUCAACGCUGAGGAGUACAUGAGCAUCAUCGUGGGUGCCCUGUGCUCGUCCACUCAAGGGGAACUGCAGCUGAAACUGGACCUUCUCAAGUCUCUGCUCCGGAUCCUGGAGACCCCCAAGGGUCGCGCUGCCUUCAGAGUCUCCAGUGGGUUCAACGGGCUGCUGUCUCUGCUCUCCGACCUGGAGGGCUCCCUCCAGGAGCCCCCGCCGCAGACAUGGGGGGCUGUGUCUCCCCGGCAGACACUGGAGUUGGUGUUGCAUACCCUGUGUGCCGUGUCUGCAGCCCUGCAUCUGGACCCUGUCAACAGCGACUUCUUCAGGAGAAACAGCCUCUUUGAAAAGCUGGCCGAGGACCUCUGCUUGUUGGGCUGCUUCGGGGCUCCAGUGGCAGAGGGGGUCCCUCGGCAUUCCCGGGCUGACACUGCCAAGGCCAGGCCAUUUGCAGAUUUUCUGAGUGCUGCCUUUUCGCCACACAGCCCGUUCCCACCCAGGACCCAGAGUUGUCUCCAGAUCCUCUGCUUUCUGGACAGCAUGGCCAGUGGCACACUCCACCUGCGCAGGGACCUGAAGGAGUCCCUGGGAACUGGGCAGGAACCGGCAAGGGACAAGGGAGAAGCCGGCGGUGAUCCCCAAGGCAACUUCAAGCAAUGGACAGACCUGGAGGACAGGACCGAUGAAGGUGAGGCUGUGAUCAUGCACCCUGGGAUGGUGUGCAUUAUGGUGGGACUACUGCCUCGGCUGUACCAUGAAGACCACCCAGAGCUCUCGGAAGAGAUCCAGUGUUCCCUGGCGAGCCACCUGCAGUCCCUGGUGAAAUUCGAGAAGAACCGCCAGAUCAUGUGCGAGGCUGGCAUGCUCAGGGUACUCAUGACCUCCUGCCGGGGGGCACUGGCCUCCGGCAGUGGACCUCUGCAUUCACACAUCGUCCGGAUUUUUGAAAAGCUUGCUUCCCAGGCCAUCGAGCCAGAUGUGCUAAGACAGUUCCUAGGACUUGGCAUUCACCCGGCUCCUGCAACCACCAUGAAGAUGUCCAGUGCAUGUCGUGGGCACCAAAGGCCCCCUGACCACUCAGGGGCACAGACUGCGGUGCCGGGAGGGGCCGAGAGUCCCACAGAAGCCGUUGCUGCCGCUGGCUGGGGCCCUGGGGUGGCUCAGACCCUCAGGCCCUCGAGAAUAGCCCAGAACGGGAACACUGCCCUGCAGACGUCCCUGAGCCUAAUCUCCAUGACCUCCCCACGAAACCUGCAGCCUCAGAGGGCAGCCCUGGCACCAUCGUUUGUGGAAUUUGACAUGUCCGUGGAGGGCCAUGGCUGCUUGUUCAUUCCUACUCUGUCUACGGUUAUGGGAACCAGCACCGAAUAUGCCAUCUCUGGAGGGAUCGGAACAGGUGCUGCCAGGGCAUUCCCGCCCCCUGGGGGCCUGACCUUCUCCUGCUGGUUCCUGAUCAGCCGGCAGGGUGCUGCUGCUGAGGGUCACCCGCUGCGUUUCCUGACCCUGGUGCGCCAUCUGGCCAGGACCGAGCAGCCCUUCGUCUGCUUCUCCAUCAGUCUGUGCCCAGAAGACCUUUCCUUGGUUGUGUCCACAGAAGAGAAGGAGUUCCAGCCCUUGGAUGUCAUGGAACCUGAAGAUGAUGCCGAGCCCAGUGCAGGACGGCAGCUUCAGGUCCGGUGUGGCCAGCUGCUGGCCUGCGGUCAGUGGCAUCACCUGGCUGUGGUCGUCACCAAGGAAAUGAAGAGGAAUUGUACCGUCUCCACCUACCUCGAUGGACAGCUCACGGGCUCAGCCAAGAUGCUGUAUAUCCAGGCCUUCCCAGGGCCUUUCGUGUCCAUGGACCCAUCCUCAUUCGUCGAUGUGUACGGCUAUAUCUCUACCCCUCAGCUCUGGAGGCAGAAGUCCUCGCUGGUCUGGAGACUUGGCCCUACCUAUCUGUUUGAAGAAGCUGUCUCAGUGGGAACCCUGGAAGAUAUUAUCAGACUGGGCCCACGGUACUGCGGGAACUUCCAAGCCGUGCACACCCAAGGAGAGGACCUAGACGGAGAGGCCAUUCCUCUGGUUGCAGAGGAAAGGAUUUCCUUUGGACUGCAUGUCGCCAGCUCCUCCACCACCAGCAUAGUGGACAUCAGGAGUACCUACAACGAGGUGGACAGCCGCCUGAUCGCCAAGGAGAUGAACAUUUCAGCCCGUGAUCAUGCCACACCCGUGUUCUUGAUGAGAAACUGUGCUGGCCACCUCCCGGGUUGUCUUCGGACCAUUGGUGCCGUGGUUGUGGGCCAGUUAGGGGUCAGGGUGUUCCACUGCAGUCCUGCCGCCAGCAGCCUGGACUUCAUCGGUGGGCCUGCCAUCUUCCUGGGCCUUAUCUCCUUGGCGACAGAUGACCAUACCAUGUACGCAGCUGUGAAGGUCCUGCACUCGGUCCUCACCAGCAACGCCAUGUGUGACCGUCUGAUGCAACAUAUCUGCGGGUACCAGAUCCUGGCAUUUCUCCUGAGGAAGAAGACCUCUCUCCUCAACCACCGCAUUUUCCAGCUGAUCCUCUCAGUCACGGGCACCGCGGAGCUGGGCUUCAAGUCUUCCGCCAUCACUAACUUUGGCGUCUUCCAGAACAUUCUCUGCAAUUUCAAGCUCUGGAUGAACACCACCGACAACCUGGAGCUCGCCCUCUUUUCCCAUCUUGUGGAGAUUCUGCAAUCACCGAGGGAAGGACCCAAGAAUGCUGAAGCUGCCCACCAGGCACGGCUCAUACCCAAGCUCGUCUUCCUCUUCAAUGAGCCGAACCUCAGUCCCUGCAGGAUCCCCAAGGUCAUUGCCAUUCUGGGCUGUCAGUUGAGGAGCUACUUCAGCAUCCAAGACGUGCUCAGGAUCGGGCUGUUUGUUGUCUACACCCUCAAGCCGUCAUCCGUGAAUGAGAGGCAGAGCUGCGUGGACAGAGCCUGGGACCCUUCUGUGCCUGCUGGAAGCCAAACAUCUGGAAAGACAAUCUGGCUGAGGAACCAGUUGUUGGAGAUGCUGCUUAGUGUAAUAUCAUCCCCCCUACUACAUCUGUCUUCGGAGUUGAGGGAAGAGACGUUCCUGAGCCUGGGGCCCGACUGGUUCCUGCUGCUCCUGCAGGGCCACCUGCACCCCAGCACCACGGUGCUGGCCCUGAAGCUGCUGCUACACUUCCUGUCAAACCCUGCUCUCCGUGGGAGGUUUAAGGACGGCCUGCCUGUGGGCUGCUGGGUGGAACGCAGCUCCGAGGGUGUGCAUGUUAUGAUGGAUAACCUGAAGAGCCACCCUCCCCCGUCUGACCAGCCCCCCUGCCUGCUCCCUGGGUUCCGUGCCUUGAGUGACUUCCUGGAGCACCACGUGCACAUCCCAGAAGUCCACUUCAUCACGUGCGCCUUCUUCCUGCAGAUGCCAGUGUCAGAGCUCACAGAUGCGCCCCAGGAUGACCUUGAUGCCAUGCUUCAGUGGCUCCUGCAGAAACACCAGCAAGAGGAUGUGCUCCGGGCCGGGCUGUGCACCGAGGGCGCGCUGCUGCUCUUGCAGAUGCUCAAGGUUACCAUGAGCCAGCCCUCAGCAGGUGCAGGAGAUGGCGCCUGGAAGCAGGCCUUCCCGACCAGCAUCCUGCAGUUCCUCAGCCUCGUGCACCGCACCUACCCCCAGGACCCGGCAUGGCGGGCCCCCGAGCUCCUGCAGACCUUGGCCACCGUCACCUUCCCCCCAGGAACCCUAAAGGGAGCCUCAGCUGAGGCCCCCUGGAGUGCCAGCAGUCCCGAGGCGACGACUGAUGGUGAUAGUACCACAGAGGGUCCCCAGGCUCCAGCCAAGUCCCAUCCCAGCCGGAGGCAGCUGAGGGAGUUCCUGCAACUCCUGCUGAGGGAGGCGCUGCUCGGAGCUCCCGGUCCCAAACAGUGGCUGCCGCUAGAAGUGCUCCUGGAGGCUUCUCCUGAAAACAUGAACAGCUACCAGAAGCGAGACUUCCAGUGCGAGGUCCUGCUCUCCACCAUGGAGAUAUUCCACUUGAUGAGUAUGGACAACGCGCCAGCGCUCAGAGGCAAUAAAGAGCCUCAGCUGAACACAGAAGCUACCGCAGCUCCCUCCCUCGCAAACAUCUCCUACUUCACCCAGAAGCUGGUGGAGAAGCUGUACAAUGGGAUGUUCUCUGCAGACCCCAGGCACAUCCUUCUCUUCAUCACGGAGCACAUCAUGGUGGUCAUCGAGAACGCCUCGACCCAACGGGACACUGUCGUCAGCACUUUGUACAGCAGUCUGAAUAGAGUCAUUCUGUACUGCCUGUCCAGGCCCCAGCAGUCCCUCUCCGAAUGCCUGGACCUUCUCAGCAUCCUGACCUUUCUGCAGGAACACUGGGACACGAUCUUUGCCACCUACAAUUCCAACACCAGCUUCCUUCUGUGUCUCAUGCAUUGUCUCUUGCUGCUCCAUGCAAGAAGUUAUCCAGAAGGAUUUGGAUUGGAGCCCAAGCCAAGAAUGACUCCUUAUCAUCAAGUCUUCCUUUCCUCAAGUGAAGAAGUGAAAGAAAAAGGAAGGGAAGACUUCCCGAGCCUGAGUGAUGUCCAGCAAAACAUCCAGAAGGUGGUGCAGACUCUCUGGCAGCAGCUUGUGGCCCAGAGGCGGCACGCCCUGGAGGAUGCCUGCAAGAUAGAUCUGUCCGUGCAGCCCGGUGAGAGCCAAGUGAAAAUGGAAGAGAUCACUCCGCUCUGGGAGGAGACGAUGCAGAAGGCGUGGCAGCAUUACCUAGCAUCGGAGAAGAAGUCCCUGACAGGUCGCUCGAAUGCCUCCCAUCACAGCAAAGUUACUUCUUGGAGUGAGAGCCUGUCUUCAGCCAUGAGACUGGUGCCCGGGCGGCAGGCCAAGGACCCUGAGUGCAAGGCAGAGGAUUUUGUGUCAUGUAUAGAGAACUACAGAAGACAAGGACAGGAGCUCUAUGCGUCUUUAUACAAAGACCACGUCCAGAGAUGGCAGUGUGACAACAUCAAGGCCGCCAAGGCCUGGGCCCGGAUCCAGGAACAGCUCUUUGGGGAGCUGGGCUUGUGGGGCCAGGCGACAGAAAGCCCUGCCUGCUCCCGCUGGGAGCUGGACUGGCGAGAAGGACCCGCUCGCAUGAGGAAACGCAUCAGAAGCUUGUCUCCAUGGGAGGGCCCAAGUCCCGGAAGGCAGCAGGGGAGCCUUAUGAAAAAGGACAGCAUUUCUCAAACGCACGCUGGAAACCACGAUGAACUGACCCCGCAGGAGCCUGAGAGCGAGCCACACGAGGAAGCCGUGGACUGCACCCAGCUGACCUUCUUCCCCGCCUUACACGAGAGCCUGCAUUCAGAAGACUUUCUGGAGCUGUGUCGGGAAAGACAAGUUAUCUUGCAAGAGCUUGCUGCUGGAGAAAAGGUGAGCCAGAAGUUCUCCCUGGUGAUCGUGCAGGGCCACCUGGUCUCCGAAGGGGUCUUGCUCUUUGGCCACCAGCACUUCUACAUCUGCGAGAACUUCACCAUGUCUCCCACGGGCGAUGUCUACUGCACCCACCACUGCCUAUCCAACAUCAGCGACCCCUUCAUUUUCAACAUGUGCAGCAAAGACAGGUGCUCUGAGCAGUACUCAUGCCAGUGUCACAGCUACGGUGACCUGCGGGAGCUCCGGCUGGCACGCUUCCUCCUGCAGGACAUUGCCCUGGAGCUCUUUUUUCAAAAUGGAUAUUCCAAGUUUCUCGUCUUCUACAACGGUGACCGGAAUAAAGCCUUCAAAAGCUUCUGCUCUUUUCAACCGAGCCUGAAGGGGAAAGGCGUCAUGGAGGACCCACUCAACCUAAGGCAUGCUGGUCACCUUCAUGGUUUUCUGUCCCACAGGAAACACUCCGGUUUCGACAGGACCGUGCUGCAGAGGUGGCAGAAACGGGAGAUCAGCAAUUUUGAGUACCUCAUGUACCUCAACACCCUGGCCGGAAGGACAUACAAUGACUACAUGCAGUACCCAGUGUUCCCCUGGAUCCUGGCUGACUACAGCUCUGAGACGUUGAACUUGACAAAUCCCAAGACUUUCCGGGAUCUUUCAAAGCCCAUGGGAGCUCAGACGAAGGAAAGGAAGCUGAAAUUCAUCCAGAGGUUUAAAGAAGUUGAGAAGACAGAAGGGGACAUGAUGGUCCAGUGUCACUACUGCACUCACUACUCCUCAGCCAUCAUUGUCGCCUCCUACCUCGUGCGGAUGCCACCCUUCACCCAAGCUUUCUGCUCUCUGCAGGGCGGAAGCUUCGAUGUGGCAGACAGGAUGUUCCACAGCAUGAAGAACGCGUGGGAGUCGGCCUCCAGGGAGAACAUGAGUGACGUGAGGGAGCUGACCCCAGAGUUCUUCUACCUGCCCGAGUUCUUGACCAACUGCAACGCGGUGGAGUUCGGCUGCAUGCAGGAUGGGACCGCACUAGGGGACGUGCACCUGCCCCCCUGGGCGGACGGAGACCCCCGCAAGUUCAUCAGCAUGCACAGGCAGGCCCUGGAAAGCGACUUUGUCAGCGCCAACCUCCACCACUGGAUAGACCUCAUCUUCGGAUAUAAGCAGCAGGGUCCAGCUGCCGUGGAGGCCGUGAACACAUUUCACCCCUAUUUCUACGGUGACAGAGUGGACCUUGGUGCCCUCCGGGACCCCUUGAUCAGAAGCACAAUUCUGGGGUUCGUCAGCAACUUUGGGCAGGUGCCCAAGCAGCUCUUCACGAAACCACACCCAGCCCGGAGCGCCGCAGGGAAGCUGUCACCCACGAAGGACAUGGUCGCCACCCCUGUGGGCCUGGCUGGCCACCCACAGCCCCUGUUCUACAACCUGCAGGCACUGAGGCCCUCCCAGGUCACAGUCAAAGAUAUGUAUCUUUUCUCCCUAGGCUCAGAGUCCCCCAAAGGGGCCAUCGGCCACAUCGUCCCCACCGAGAAGACCGUCCUGGCUGUGGAGAGGAACAAAGUGCUGCUGCCCCCGCUCUGGAAUCGGACCCUCAGCUGGGGCUUUGACGACUACAGCUGCUGCCUGGGGAGCUACGGCUCCGAUAAGACCCUGAUGACCUUUGAGAACCUCGCCGUCUGGGGCCGCUGUCUGUGUGCCCUCUGCCCAGCCCCCACGACGAUUGUCACCUCUGGGACCAGCGCUGUGGUGUGCGUAUGGGAGCUCAGCAUGGUCAAAGGGCGUCCCAGAGGCCUGCGGCUCAGACAGGCCUUGUACGGACACACACAGGCUGUCACUUGCCUGGCGGCCUCCGUCAGCUUCAGCCUCCUGGUGAGCGGCUCCCAGGACUGCACCUGCAUCCUGUGGGACCUGGACCACCUCACUUACAUAACCCGCCUGCCUGCACACCGGGAGGGCAUCUCGGCCAUCGCCGUCAGCGACGUGUCGGGCACCGUCGUCUCCUGUGCGGGAGCCCAUCUGUCCUUGUGGAAUGUCAACGGACAGCCCCUGGCCAGCAUCACCACGGCCUGGGGUCCAGAAGGGACCAUCACCUGCUGCUGCGUGAUGGAGGGGCCAGCCUGGGACAUGAGCCACGUCGUCAUCACAGGCAGUCAAGAUGGCGUGGUCCGGAUCUGGAAGACUGAGGAUGUGAAACUCCCUCUCCCGGGGCGGACAGUGGCCGAGGAGCCCCCCACUCAGCCCCCAAGCCCGAGAGGUCGCAAGUGGGAGAAGAACCUUGCCCUGAGCCGAGAGCUGGACGUCAGUGUGGCCCUAACAGGCAAGCCCAGUAAGAACAGCCCGGCUGUGACAGCUCUGGCUGUGUCCAGAAACCAGACCAAACUCCUAGUGGGCGACGAGAAGGGAAGGAUCUUCUGCUGGUCGGCAGAAGGCUAGGGCAAGGGAGGCGGCGGUGGCCCAGGCAGGGCAGAAGCGGCACAGGUAGGCAGGGCCUGGGCAGCUGUGCCGUGCCCCUGCCUCUUGCCGUGGCUCCCUCCCCAUGGCUCCCUUCCAGGCCAGAGGCUUCUGUGGGUCAGAGCUGUGCCCCCCCAUGCUCUUGCCAGGGCCCCCUGGAAUUCUCUGGAAAGCAGCAAGCCGUACCCUGGAAGCUAUGACUUGCAGGCACCAAGCCAUAUGUGAACUUGCACAUAACCCACCCGACCAAGGGCUCAUUGCACUGGAGGUGCAAACAGAGCUGCCUCCUGAGAGCCUGUGGAAAGAUGGCAUUGUAUGUGGUGGAUUAAAGUGACGAUGACCCCAGUGCACAGCUGUCUGCAUGUUGAACUC